AUGGAUCAUCACCACAGAAGUUUGUGCCCAAAGAAAUUCGGAGGGAAAACCACAAAUGUGCAUCUUUCAGAGGAGAUAAGGGAAGACCCAUCUCACAAUAGUGCUACAAAGGGUCAUGUGUUAAUAUCGUCCGAUGAAAUGGUGCUCAUGCAAACCGCCAAGGCGAGUGUAGGCAAUAGAGACACAUCAGUUCAUGAAACAACUCGAUUGUUGUUUGAUUCGGGAUCACAAAGGACGUAUAUCACGGAACGACUAGCUAACAAACUAGGUUUAAAACCUACAGCCGAACAGGAAUUGAAGCUUGUUACGUUCGGAAGUGAACAUACAAAGGUAAUAAAGACAAAAUCAGUGAACAUUAACAUUACCUUAAAGGACGGAUCCUGUAUGAAGUUGACAGCAAAUGUAGUGCCUACAAUAAGUGGAACAAUUCAGAGGAAUCCAUUGACGAAGGUGCUUUCAAAACAAAUGGAACAUUUGAUUAAUAGUGUAGACCUAUCAGAUACUAUUCCAAGAGCUCAGGAAACCACAACAAUUGAUGUCUUGAUUGGGAAUGACUAUUACUUAGAUAUUGUGUUACCCCAACGAAUAGAGAUUGAACCCGGACUGUAUUUGUUAUCUUCAAAACUUGGAUGGAUUUUAACAGGCCGUUUGAGUGAAGUUGAAAGUGGAACUGAUACACUGAGCAUGUUUGUGUUGACGCAUGGUACAGACAUCACAAAACAAAGUACAUUUUCAAGCUUAGAUGCUUCAAUUUCUACUAAGCCAGAUUUGGAAGAUUUCUGGAACAUCGAGUCGAUUGGCAUAAUUGACAAUGUGGACAAGUCCGAUGAUGACAUCGCCAUGCGAAAAUUCCAGGACACCGUUAGAUUUGACGAUGGUCGCUAUCAAGUUACAUGGCCAUGGCGUGAAGAAGAUUUCGAACUGCCAUCUAACCGACAACUUGCUCUUGGUCGUCUGAGGUCCACAGUGGCGAGAAUGUGUAAAAGACCAGAGCUUUUCAAAAAGUACAACACAGUGAUUGAGGAUCAGUUGGAAAAGGGUGUUAUUGAAAAGGUGAACUUUGGAGACCAGGAUGGCGUGGUUCACUAUAUUCCCCACCACGCGGUUAUUACACCACAAAAAACGACCACCAAAUUACGAGUAGUGUACGACGCGUCCGCGAAGACACGAAAUGAGAACCACAGUCUUAAUGAAUGUUUGUAUCGUGGUCCAGUGAUUUUGCAACAGUUGUGCGGGAUGCUUAUACGAUUCCGUAUGCACAGGAUAGCAAUUACUGCUGAUAUAGAGAAGGCCUUCCUUCAAAUAGGAUUACAAUUAGACCAACGAGAUGUUACCAGAUUUCUCUGGUUGAAGAACUGUGAAACACCGACGGUGGACAAGGAUAACAUUCAAGAGUUUCGUUUUCGUCGAGUCCCGUUUGGUGUUAUUUCAAGCCCAUUUCUUUUAGGCGCAACGGUGCAAACACAUAUGGACAAAUACAGUACAAGUUUUGCGCAACAAGUGAAAGAUAACAUCUACGUAGACAAUUUGAUAACUGGAACUAACACUGAUGGUGAAGCAAUAUGUUUUUACAAAGAAGUGAAAUCAAUAUUCAAAGAAGCAUCAAUGAACUUACGAGAGUGGAUGACUAAUAGUGAAAUAGUUAAUCAAUACAUUCCCAGUAAUGACAGAGCUGACGGAAAACCAAUGACUGUUCUUGGAUUAUAUUGGAAUCCAAAGGAAGAUACAAUUGCACUAAAAACUACGGAAGCCCAUGAAGUCGAGACUAUAACCAAGCGUGUUAUCCUGAAAGUCGUAGCUUCAACAUUUGAUCCGCUUGGAUUAUUUUCUCCAGUAACUUUGAAUGGAAAGCUGCUGAUGCAACAGCUGUGGAAAGAGAAGCUUGAUUGGGAUGAUAUCGUUUCAGAUUAA